UAUCAGAUAUCAUCUUAACCGGAUUCACCCAAAGAAUAUUACCCUAACAUCGCAAUUUGCAUUUGAUUUGUUUAAAUUUGGUUUAAAUUGGAUUUAUUCAACGCCGUUUAAGUUUUUUAAAUUCAAAUCUGUUCUCAUCUAGAUGUCAGACAUAUUUUAAACAGUGUUGUUUCAUUGUCUUUUGGUGUUAAGUUUUUCCCAUUAAGAGCGCGGGACUUUUUUUAUUAUCCUCCCUCAAAGUGUUAUAUCAUUUAUUGAUAAUCUGAUUUUUUAUUCUUGCUUAAUCUGCUUAUUGAAAUGGCUACUUCUGUUAAAAACAACGGUGACGAGGUAAGCUCUCAACAACCUGCUAAAAAAUUUAAAAAAGAUUCUGAGGAUGCCGGUAUUGCUGGUAAAAAUGGUGAAGAGCUGAAAGGCGGUCACGUUGAAGAUCAAGUUAAAAGAGAUGGAGCCAACCAUCAGUCUGAAGCUGCAUCUAAUGAUAAAGACAAUAAAUCUUCUGGUGAUAAUGCAAAUUCUGCAGCAAAAUCAGAGGAAGAACUUCAAAAGGUAAUUAAAGAGCUUCAAAAGUGUCAACAAAAAAUCAGUUCUUGUGUUAUUAAGCAAGCCUUCUCAUCGGCACUCGAACAAGAAUUUAAUGAUAUCAGAAGACCUUUCAUUGAGGAAAGAGACGAACUCAUCAAGAAAAUUCCUGAUUUUUGGGUACAAUCUUUCAUUAACCAUCCAACCUUAACUACUAUUCUGGAUGAGGAGGAUGAAAAAUGCUUGCAUCAUCUGAAAAAAAUAGAAGUAGAAGAAUUUGAUGAUGCCAAAUCUGGAUUUAGAAUUAAAUUUCACUUUGAUGAUAAUCCAUACUUCGAGAAUAAAGUUUUGAUUAAAGAAUUCCAUCAAGGUUCAGGUGGUGGUGAACCAGCGCCUACAUCUACUCCCAUCAACUGGAAGAACACUGAAUGGGCAGAAAGGCUUAGAGAGCAAGCCGUAAAUCGAUCAAAAAAUGAUAAAUCUCGUAAACGUAAGAGCUCUGGACCUUCUCAAACAUUCUUUUCUUGGUAUCUUCACUAUGGUGGCCAAGCUGUAGAUGAUAUUGCUAAAAUUUUGAAGGAAGAGAUGUGGCUUGAUCCUGUUCAAUUUUUCCUCAUUCACGACCAAGAAGAUGAGGAAUCUAUAGAGGACGAAGAAGACUACGAAGAAGAUGAAGAAGAUGAAUCUGUUGAUGAUAAAUCCAUCGAUUUGGAUUCCGAAGAUGACGAAGCAGAUGAAGAAGAGGAAGAAGAUGGAGAAGGAGAUGAAGGUGAUGAUGAUGAAGAUGGUAAUGAAGAAAGUGCUGAGGAAGGUGAAGGUGAAGGAGUCGCAGACGACGAUGACGAUGAUGAUGCAGAAUAAUUCAUUUAAUAACAAUUCUUGAAUCUGUCAUAAACUCUCUUACCAUCUCGAUCAAAUCUUCCAGCUUAAUGCUUCUUUUUACUUUUUAUGGAUCAAGAAAAUUAUCAUAAACUGUCCGUGUCAAUUUAGAGCAUCAUAUUUUGGCAUCAUUGUUCCAUUUCAAUCUGAUUAAUUCUUAGAGAAAUCACUUUCUUGCUUUUAAGAUAAAACCAAUUUUGCUACCGGUGUUUCUUGGAUCAGAAAACGAUCAACUUUAACUGUUGAAGUCUUUCUAAAAUUGAUAAGCAUCACUAUGAACUCAUUACACCAGUUGAAACCAAAUUGUUUUCUUCAACUCCCUAUGACUCAAUCAUUAAAAUUUCCCUCUCAUUUUUCACCCCAGCAUACAUGUUAAUCCAUCUCUCAAAAUUGGAUAUACUUUAUAUUUAGUUUGUUACAUUUGAGGUAGCAACUAACUUGCAUUAAAGUACAUUAAUUUUCUUGAAA